AGCUUAACGCUUGCUGACUUCCCCACACUUCUCCGGGUCCGUCUCCAUCUUAUUUCCUCCCUUCGACUUCUUGUUCUCAUCUCGUCAUCUCUCAAUGUCUCGCCCUCGUCAUGAUGGAUAUAUCUUCUCCGUCGUUUCCUCCGCAAUCCCCGCAACGACCACUCUCCAAAGCGCGCGAUGGUUAUUUUCAAUGUGGAUUCUGCAAGAAGCACUACAACCGGGCAGAUCAUCUAAUCCGACAUGUCCGAUCGCAUACACGGGAAAAACCAUAUGUAUGCCAUGUGUGCAACAAAGGCUUUGCCAGGCCGGACUUGAUGAAGCGGCACGCUGCAGGCCACGAUCAUCCUCGAGAUGGCAAGCGAAAACGACCACCAUCGUACGCUAAGAGCGGUCGGGUCUCCCAGGCGUGCAAAGCAUGCGCAACUUCCAAGCUCAAGUGCGACGAGGAAAAGCCCUGUCGACGGUGUCGGGAUAAAAAGCUUAUAUGUGAUUGGCAUGACGGGGCUUUUGAUGAUUUAACGCCAGAGUCACCUAUGCAAGCAUACGAUGACCCUGGCCACAGCCAGUAUCCCGAGCCACCGCAGGCGCAGGCCGCGUUCACCCCGUCAGCACCCUUGGAAGAAUUUCCACCUUCUAUUGGUAAUCCUCCAUUUGGGACCCCUGACUUUCCCGUGAAUGAUUACCUACCUGAGGCGCCGGGCUCGGCCCCCGGAGGCCCUAUUUCGACAGGCUAUGAUGCAAUAUCUCCCACGCUUGACCAAGAAAGUGGCAUUUUCAGUGUCGAUGGAACCUUCUUCCCCGAGUUUAUUCCCGAUUCUCUCAUACCGUCAUUAUCCCGCCCAAACGAACUGGAUCCAUUAAAUCCUCUCAACCAUACGCAAGACUACCUGCACAACCUGUUCGAUACCAACGUGCAAUUCGAUUUCGAUCUCACUGAAGUUGACUUUGGACUGAUCGACUAUUUCAACACCCAAGGGACAGCGCACUUUCCGCAGCCCCCUGAUAUACCCAACGAGCGGUCUGAUGUCGAUAGUGGGAUUGCACUCGGCGCCGAAGCCUAUAAGCGGUCCUCACUGUCUGCCUGGAAGCCUGCCCAGAAUGACCACGCCUUUGCCAACCAAGGUGAUCUGUCAGUACCGGUGACUAUUGAUAGCCCGGAGUCGAGUAUUAGGCUAGAACGUCAGAUCCUUCCAGAGAGGCUGGCCUCGGGCAGCCGUGAUUUGAUCUUCGGGAUGGUCUUGCAGACGAGCGAAAAGUCCACAUUACCUCGCAUAAUGAAGUCAUUCCCAAGUACCGAACUGUUAGACGGUCUCAUGCAGGAUUACUUUGCCUACCAAAGCCACCAAAUCGAUUCGUUCAUUCAUGGCCCAACGUUUCAUCCAAAUGAACAGAGCUCGGACAUGUUAACUGCUAUAGCUGCGGCGGGUGCAGUCCGGUCGGCCAUCCCAACCAUUCGUAAAUUGGGCUACGCACUGAUGGAAGUCGCACGCCUACACAUGUCGGUCAAGUACGAGUCAGAUAAUCGCGUCACACGCGAUCUGCGGCCUUCGCAAACAUUCGCCGUGAUCAUCGACAUAGGCCUUUGGAGCGGCAAUGGUCGGAGGACAGAAAUUGCAGAAAGCUUCCAACAACCAUUAGUGACGAUGCUGCGACGAGCACUUCGUUUCCGACGGAGUAUCUAUUCGACUAUCGUCCCAAGCCUUGAGGAUAACGGUGAGGUGUUGGAACAGAAAUGGCGCGCUUGGGCGGAGCAGGAAUCAUUCAAGAGACUCGUCCAUCACCUAUUUUUACAUGACGCUCAAUGCGCCAUGAUGUUGAACGUCAACCCACUUAUUUCUUACGCGGAAUUGGAACUUCCGCUUCCAUUCGAUCGACCUCUCUGGGAUGCCAAGUCGGCCACAUUGUGGAGGGAUACCUACCUCGCACUCGGACUACGUGGAACAGAGCGACAUACAUCUUUGGUUGAUGCAAUGCGGGACAUGUCCCGUCUACAGGGAGCCAUGGAUAUUCAACUGGCGGGUUUCAUCCUCCUACAUGGGUUUUCCUCCAUGAUCAACGAGUAUCAUCGCUUCAACUUCAUCUCAAAAAGCAGUUCCAAGCACUGGAACGCGCUGGUGACCAGCUCCCGUCAUCAAGAACUGUCACAAGCCCUCCAGCAUUUUCGCAUGAUUUGCUACGAGUGGCCCGACCUUCCCCGCCCCGAGGUUUUCUUAAUAUAUGAGAUGAUCUCGAUGUUUCUAUACAUGUCCCUGGAGGAUUUACAACUAUUUGCCGGAAAGGAGGAUAAAAGAGAAGCCCGACGGGUCUACCACAGUGCGCUUGAAUGGAUCAACAGCAUCGACUCCCGGCGGGCAGUGUGGCAUGCAGGCCAAGUGAUCCGGGCUGCCAAAGCCAUGCCCGCAGGGUCGCUAACCGGCUUCUUGGUAGUGGGAGUAUAUUAUGCCAGUUUGGCCUUUUGGUCUUACAGCGUGGUAUUCAAAGCGAAGAACACUAAGUUGACAGCCGAGAGUCGUGCUCUAGGCCCUCCUCAAGUCCGCGGCCCAACGGUCUACCUAGAUGGAGACGAGACAACUGACGUACAAAAGUUCAUUUCGCUUGGAUGUGGAAGUCCGGCACUGCUGGGCCGACAGGGACCAGCAUUUAUUUCUAACCCAGGACAAACCAUGGACCUUGCACAGGAGCUUCUGCGGGCGGAUGCCUCCCAAGACGCGCUUCCCCCAUUGGUCCAAGGACUGCGCCAGCUAAUGGGUGGACUUGGGAAUGCUGCUAGAUCUAGCUCUUAGGAGUAUUCACAUCUGUAUACUUAUGAUACCAUUGUACUAUGACUAUUCUAUGGGUCUAGGCCUAUUCAGAUAUCUACCAUAUUCGCGG